UUUUCCCUUUUCUUUUAGCUAACAUAAUGCCUCUAUAUAUAGCUUCGUGAUAUGUUCAGGUUUCUCAACCACAAAUCAAGCCUGAAGCUGAAAGUCAAUUCACAACUUUUAGCCUCCACAUCUUCUUAAUUUCCUCUUCACUAAAAGCUAUAUACAUACCUUGGCAUUUGGGCCGAACAAUUUAUUAUUUCUUGAAGGUUUUUUAAAAAUGGAUAUGGUUAUGAAGUUGGGAGCAGCAAGCCCAGUGGUGAUUUUCACCAAGAGUAGUUGUUGCAUUUCUCAUAGCAUCGAAACCUUGAUUCGUAGUUUUGGAGCAAACCCUACAGUUUGCGAGCUCGAUACACAUCCAAAUGGGAUGAAAAUGGAGAAGGCAUUGAUUGAACUAGGGUGUCAACCAAGUGUGCCAGCAAUAUUUAUAGGGAAUGAGUUUGUUGGUGGUGCAAAUGAGAUCAUGAGCCUUAAUGUGAGGGGCAAGCUCAAACAAUUGCUCAUUAGGGGUAAUGCCAUUUGGGUAUAGAAAUUAAUUAAUAAUAACUAGGUAGCAAGUCUUGGAAUUUUGAUAAUAAAUUUACCACUUAUAAAUAGAGUCUUCUAGCUUC